AACUUUUUUUAAAUCAAGAAAGUGAAAAUGACUAACCCUAGGUACGGGUAGACGUUCUCCUCACACGGCCGUCGGAGAUUGCCUGGCUGCCAUUUCCCCCCCGAUCCAAGGCUCUACCACUCCCAAAACGAUAUUCCUCACAAGUAUAUACUGAGAAAUGAGAAUCUGCGAUACAGGAGAAAUGGAGAGAGAUUAAUCGCGAGGGAGGGGAUGAAGUGCAUGAUUCUGGUGUGAUCAUCAAUUCAGGUGAGGGAAAGAUAAGAGCGUUGUUUGGUUGGUUUAAAAAUGAAGUUCAUAGGCAACUUUCCGUCCAUGGAUCUGAUGCGCUCGGAGAAGAUGACCAUGGUGCAGCUCAUCAUCCCCGUCGAGUCAGCUCACCGCGCCAUCACUUACCUCGGCCAGCUCGGCCUUCUCCAAUUUCGCGAUGUACUCUGCCCCUCCUUGUGCAUUCUAUAUCUGUAUAUGCCUGUCAUCUGAGUACGCUUGUACAUACAUAUAUAUUCAUGCCUAAUUUUCUGUUGCUUAACGAUUUCUGUUUCAUCCACAUUUGAUUGAUCUGUUUCAUUUUUUGGUUAAUUGGGCAGACUUUCUCCAUGUUAGAUUGCCUUUUGUGCAAUUUCAUACUUAUCGCUCCUCUAGGAAGCAUCUACUAGAUGUCAUGCCAGCUCUUUUAAGUUCUAACCAACAUAAUUCGAUCUGCCAUAUUAGACAAAAAAGUAUUCAAUGCAACAACAACAACCCAGACCCCAAGAGAAUAGGGUCGAGGGUGAGGGGGUGCGCACACCUUAUCCCUACUCGAAAGUAGGGAGGUUGUUUCCAAGAGACCCCAGCUCAGGUACCACCGGAUGACUAACAAACUAGUAAUCAAUAAAGCAAUUUAAAUGAUGUCAUGCAUAGCCAAUAUCAUAUUUCCUAGAUUUUGAAUUGAUAUCAUAACUUGAAAUGAAAUUGUCCGGUUACACUUAUUACCUUCUUGCUGGCAGAGUAGUUUGAGUUCAUUAUAGCACAACACAGCCGCACAGGUCACUGGUAGCUGCUACACAAGUUGCGAGAGUAUGCGAUGAUAUGUGUGGAAAUAAUGAAAUAUUCAUCAUUGAUACAUUUUCUUCCCGAUUAGUGAGAAUAUGCAGGCAUAAAGUUCAACUGUGUUGCUUCACCUGACUGUUUCCAAUUAAACAAUUUGAAUUUUGAACUAUGGGCAACCAUUGUACUUAAAAUUUGGGACAGUUGUCUCUAGGCCUGCCUCCUACAAAAAAAUUGAUGGACCAGUGGUUCAAGGCCUUCACAUAUAAUCAUACUACCUGUAGUUGAAAAGCUGAAUGUUUGGUUUGAUGCUUUAUCUUUUUGGGAAUUUUUCUCAAUUUAUACAACGGCGACACUAAGCCUAUCCCAAGUAACGUGUGGUCGGCUACGUGAACAAGGAGUCCACGUUCAGUCAUUAACAAGAAUGCUAUUUCACCAUUUUUCUCAAUUUAUAUACGAGAAAAUGCAUUCACCCUGUAUCUCUUUUAUAUUGACAGUUAAAUGCAGACAAAAGUCCUUUCCAGCGAACUUUUGUUAAUCAGGUAAAAAGAUGUGCAGAAAUGUCGCGAAAGCUACAUUUUUUUAAAGACCAGAUACAUAAAGCUGGUCUAUUUCCUUCACCCAAUCCUGCUUCUCUACCAGAUAUAGAAUUAGAAGAAUUGGAGGUUCAACUUGCAGAGCAUGAGCAUGAGCUGACUGAAAUGAACGCCAACAGCGAGAAAUUGCGGCAAUCAUAUACUGAGCUGUUAGAAUUUAACUUGAUACUGCAGAAGGCUGGAGAGUUUCUUACUCAAAGUCAUGUGUCAGAUGAGGAAAUCGAAUUAGAUGAACAUAUCCAUGCCAAUAGUGAUUAUGCUGAUGCGGCAUCACUACUUGAGCAGGAACUGCAACCGGAGCUGUCAAGCCAGUCUGGAAUAAGCUUUAUUAGUGGUAUUAUCUGCAAGUCCAAAGCUCUUAGAUUCGAAAGGAUGCUAUUUCGUGCAACAAGGGGAAACAUGCUUUUUAAUCAGGCAGUUGCUGAGGAUAAAAUCAUGGACCUUACUUCAAAUGAAAUGGUUGAAAAAAUAGUAUUUGUAGUAUUCUUUUUGGGUGAGCAAGCAAGGACCAAAAUAUUGAAAAUAUGUGACACAUUUGGUGCUAGUUGCUAUCCUAUCCCUGAAGAUGCCAUAAAGCGGAGACAAAUAACUCAAGAAGUUUUGUCACGAUUAACUGAACUUGAAACCACCUUGGAUGCUGGAUUACGCCAUAGAGAUAUGGCUUUGACCACUAUCGGAUUUCAGUUGACAAAGUGGGUGAACAGGGUUCAAAGGGAAAAAGCUGUCUACGACACUUUAAAUAUGUUGAGUUUUGAUGUUACCAAGAAAUGUCUUGUUGGCGAGGGCUGGUGUCCAAUAUUUGCAAAGACCAAGAUUCAAGAGACUUUGCAGCGCUCUACACUUGAUAGCAAAUCACAAGCAGACAUAAUAUUUCAUGCAAUGGAUGCUAAUGAGUCAUUCCCAACUUUCUUCAGAACUAACCGUUUUACAAAUGCAUUCCAAGAAAUCGUUGAUGCAUAUGGAGUUGCGAAAUACCAGGAGGUGAACCCUUCUGUUUAUACAAUCAUUACAUUCCCUUUCUUGUUUGGUAUGAUGUUUGGGGACUGGGGCCAUGGAAUUUGUUUGCUAUCAGCAGCCUUAUUUCUUAUAGCUCAAGAAAAUAAACUUGGUUCUCAGAAACUAGGAAGCUUUAUGGAAAUGCUAUUUAGUGGUCGCUAUGUGCUGCUCUUAAUGUCAAUAUUUUCAAUUUACUGUGGAUUGAUAUACAAUGAGUUUUUCUCUGUCCCCUUCCACAUAUUUGGGAAGUCAGCAUACAAAUGCCGAGAUGCUACAUGCAGUGAUGCACGCACUGUUGGUUUAAUGAAAUAUAGAGACCCUUAUCCAUUUGGCGUGGACCCAAGUUGGCGAGGUAGCCGUUCAGAACUGCCUUUCUUGAACUCUCUUAAGAUGAAGAUGUCUAUUUUAUUUGGUGUGGCACAAAUGAACCUGGGCAUUAUUUUAACUUACUUCAAUGCCCGCUUCUUCAGCAAAUCGCUUGAUGUGAAGCAUCAAUUUGUUCCACAGAUGAUUUUCCUGAACAGUCUUUUUGGAUAUCUUUCACUUCUCAUUAUUGUCAAAUGGUGCACUGGUUCGCAAGCAGAUCUCUACCAUGUUAUGAUAUACAUGUUCCUUAGUCCCUUUGGUGAUCUUGGCGAAAAUAAAUUGUUUAGGGGGCAGAAUGUGCUUCAGGUCAUAUUGUUGCUUUUAGCCGUUGUUGCUGUUCCCUGGAUGCUCUUUCCGAAGCCAUUUAUUUUGAAGAGACUCCACAUGGAGAGAUUUCAAGGUCGUACAUACCGGAUCCUUGGAACCUCUGAGAUGGAUAAUGAAGAGGAACCUGAUUCUGCCAGGGAACAUAAAGAGGAGUUUAAUUUCAGUGAGGUUUUUGUGCAUCAAAUGAUACACUCGAUUGAGUUUGUCCUUGGUGCUGUGUCUAAUACAGCUUCAUAUCUACGGUUAUGGGCUUUGAGUUUGGCUCACUCGGAACUAUCUACUGUGUUGUAUGAGAAAGCUCUACUCUUUUUUUGGGGGUAUGAUAACCUCAUUGCGCGACUGAUGGGGAUGUCGCUCUUUGCCUUUGGGACAGUUGGGAUACUACUCAUGAUGGAAACUCUCAGUGCUUUUCUCCAUGCUUUACGUCUUCAUUGGGUGGAAUUCCAGAACAAGUUUUAUCACGGCGACGGCUACAAGUUCAAGCCAUUCUCCUUUGAGUCGCUAGCGCAUGAUGACAGUUGCUAAUACACAACACCCACUAUAAGGUUGCAGUCCUUUCGCUAUGGCUCUAUCCGGGUGAAAUGUACUCCUUUUCUACCAACGUAAACCGUGCACCGGUGAGGCGUGAACCUGGAUGUCCACCAGCACUCUCCGAGCACAUACGGGGAAACAAUAUACUCUUUCUAUUUCACAAUAACUGUGUGUCUAUUAA